CGUACAACUGAAAAUGAAAAAACAAACUGUCGCGGAAUGGAAUUUAUCUAAUUACCCCGAGUAUUUAUAACCAAGUUCCGUCGUCUUUUUUUAGGAAUCUGCAAUUCUGAAUAGUUUCAAUCAAUCAGCUCUGGCAUAAAGGAAACGCCGAAAAGAUGCUUUGCUAUCAAGAAUUUCAAGAAAGGAAAGAAGAAUCGCAAGAAGAAGAUGGCAGCAGCAGGUUUAUUGACUCCGGCGCCAUCGACUACCUGUCUCUGCUCCACCUCAACUCCGCCGCGAAACGCCGUCCCGCCGCCAUAACGGCUGAGAAUGGCACUUCCAGCGCCGCCUCCGCGAAAAGGCCAUCUCCCACUUUCGUCUCGUCUCUUCCGGAGCCUUCCCCGAAGCGACCCACUCUGCUCCCGCCUUCAUCUUCCUUCUCCCCGCCGGCGAACGGCGCCGGCGCCACCAAACCGCAGCCAUCUUUUCUCUACCGGAGCUUCUCCGAACCCAUUGAUACUACGGGUCUGCUGAACGCCCGAUCAGCCGAGAAUUCCAAGACGGAGGAUUUCGGUCCCGUCUCUGCUUCCGGCGGAUUCUUGAGCCCAUCGCCGGGAAUUUCCCAGACCACCGGCCCCUCAUUCAAAACUCCUUCUCCGCCGAUGAAUUCAGACUUCCUGCCGCCACUCCACCCCCUCUGCAGAUCAAUCUCCGAUCCCUUUGCCGCCACAGAUUUCCAAGCACCGCAAGUGGCGGCGGCGACGGCGGCCACACCACCCAAACGCCCGGUGUGGCCACAAACCAUCAAGACGUCUCCCCCGAGCUCCGCCGAAGAGAGUCCCAGCACAAAGAGGCUACAGGCAAAGAUGAAAGCGGGGAUGCGGAAAAUGAGACAAUGGUGCGAUCAACUAAUGCAAGAAGUGGUUGAAGAUGAAAAGGAAGAGACCCCAAACCCAAGGGGUUCAAAACCCAAUCAAUCUGAAAUCGAUGACCUUACAACUGGUGGUAAUACGACCACUGAGAAAAGUCAUGAUGAGGAUCGAUGGAACAAAGAUGAUGAAGCUGAAAGCGAUGAACUUGAAGAUGUAUACAGUGAUGAUCAGCAUUAAAGCUUUGGACUAUAUCUUUCAUAUUGAUGCGUAUUUUAUUUUAGUUCACUUUGACUGUUUAUACUUUAGCUUAAAUGAUGAACUACUUUUGAGAUGUUGGUUUACAUUCUAGUAAAUGGGUUAGUUGUAACCCUUUGAAAUGUUAUCGUAUUAUGUAUUGUUGUUAACACAAGUAUGAAUAUUAUUUUUUAUAUGUCAAUGAAAUUAUUUAAUAUCACUUAAAUAGUUGGUAUUAGUAACAGUUAUAAUAAAUGUAAGUGUUGGUC